AUGUACAACGGCAUUGGCUUGAGUACUCCUCGUGGUUCAGGCACCAACGGCUAUGUCGUACGCAAUCUGUCGUUUGUCAAGGCUCCUCGACCCGACCGUAAUCUGGAUCGUUCAGUCAAUGACCUAAAGUCACCUGCACCUGCCAUCAAGCAACCCAACAAAGAUAUUCUAUUGCACGAUCGCAAGCGUAAAGUGGAAGUCAAGUGUAUGGAGCUAAGGAUCAAGCUUGAAGAUGAUGGUGUCGAUACGGAUACUAUUGAAAGCAAGGUGCAAGAGCUACGUGAGUCGCUUAUGAACAACUUUGAAGAUAUCCAACCUCGGGAUGCCAAGAGUUUGCAAGAGCAUGAGACACACCAACGAUCCGCUGCCAAGGAACAAGAGAACAAAAAGAUGAUGCGAGCACUCAAGAUCGAUAGUGAAGAGUAUGUUGAAGGUGCAGCUUUUGAUCGUGAAUUGCAAGAAAAGAAACGACUUGAACGUAUCGCCAAACGACAAGCUCAAGAAGAAGCACGUGCCAAGAAUCUCGAAAAACGCAGCCGUCGAUAUAGCAGAGAUCGUAGUGUGGAACGUAGCAGUCGUCGUAGUGAUCGCCGCCACCGUAGUCGUCAUCGUCGUCGAUCUUAUUCUCGCUCCGUAAGCAGAAGCCGUAGUCCAAGCCGUGAUCGUUAUCGUAGUCGUCGUGGUAGAGAAGAAUCUCCUCGUAGCUCAAGUCGUCGUCGUCAUCGAUCUCCCAGUUCUUCUUCAGCAUCUAGUUAUUCAAGUCGCAGCCGCAGUCGUAGCCGUAGUGUCAGCAGCAGUGCAGGAAGUGUCAGUAGCCGUAGCUCAUCUUACAGCAGAUAA